CCUCGACCUGAGCUUCAUCGUUGCUGUACUGGCGAUACCUUGCACGUCUAUCCUCAAGCUUUACGUCUGAAUCAUGGGAGUUUCUGCCGAGGACAUCGCCGAGGACAUUCGUGACGCUCUUCCGGGAACUGAGGAGAUUGUCAUCCAAUACCUCUCCGGCUACUUGCUUGACUUGGACGAUGCUGCCGAAGAUGAGGACGUUCUUCAGGUCACUCGGGAUAUCCUUGACUCUGCUAUCGGAUCUUCCUCAAGUCAGGCGAAGAGAGGCGACCUCGAUAGACUGGUGCAGCGCUUGGCCGAUCUCUUGGAGGAGCCUUUAACCCGGAGGGACGAGAACAACCGCGCCGGCACGGGCUCAGGCUUGGUUAGAUUGGACAAGGUCAUGGACCUUAGCAAGACGAACAUGAGUAACACGAUCGCAUUCACGGAGGGUGUGGACUUGGAGAGCAUAAACAAGGGAAAAGCUUCUCGUGUCGAUGUCAAGAAACUGGAAAAGCAGGAGGCGAAGCUCAAGGCCAAGAUCGAGAAGCGGUCGAAACGGACUCUCUACGAAGGGUCCAAAAUCUUGGACCAGCACAAGAAGCAGCAAACAUACGAGGAGCUGUUUAUGAAAAUCAAUCCGUUGGAUGCUGCCGCUGCAUCCAAGAACAAGUCAAAAGACGUCCACCUCUCGUCAAUCGACGUCAACUUUGGCUCAAAUCGUAUCCUUUCUGGCGCAUCGCUUACGCUUGCAUACGGUCGCCGCUACGGUAUCAUUGGUCGGAACGGUGUUGGUAAAUCGACGCUCCUCCGACACAUCGCCAUGCGUGAAGUUCCCAUUCCUGCAUAUAUCACCAUCCUCUUCGUCGAACAAGAAAUCGUCGGUGACGAUACACUUGCACUCGAUUCCGUGCUGAAGGCCGAUGUCUGGCGAGACACCCUAUUGCGCGAGGAGGCAAUGCUCAACGGCAAACUUUCCGAGCUCGACAAAGAAGGCGACGACAAGCGGUUCGAGGAUGCACGAGAGGAGGCGCAAACACGUUUGGCAGAAGUACACGCUCAGCUUGCCGAGAUGGAGGCAGAGAGCGGCCCGGCACGAGCUGCUGCCCUGCUCGCUGGUCUGGGCUUCAGCGAGGAAGAUCAAAAGCGACCGACCAGGUCAUUCAGUGGAGGUUGGCGAAUGCGACUUGCUCUCGCAAGAGCGCUCUUCGUCAAACCUGCGCUGCUGUUGCUUGAUGAGCCUUCUAACCAUAUUGAUCUUAACGCCCUUGCGUGGCUGGAAGACUACCUCCAAACAUGGCCUGGCACCUUGCUUGUCGUCUCUCACGACCGAGCGUUCUUGGAUGCUGUUGCGACUGAUAUCAUCCACAUGCACUCCGGUCGUCUUGAUUACUACAAGGGUAACUUCACGCAGUUCUACUCUACCAAGUCAGAGCGCGACAGGAACCUGCGGAAAGAAUACGACACACAGAUGGAGUACCGCAGGCAUUUGCAGGCAUUCAUCGACCGAUGGCGAUACAACGCCAACCGAGCAGCACAGGCCCAAUCGAAGAUCAAGAUCCUCGAAAAGCUUCCCGAGCUGCAACCUCCAGAAGUCGAAGAGACGGAAACGUUCAAGUUCCCGGAGACUGAGAAGAUCUCGCCUCCGGUUCUGCAAUUGAACGAGGCCUCGUUCGGGUACACGCCGGACAAGAUCUUGCUGAAGGACAUCAACAUCGACGUUGGCCUCGACUCUCGCAUUGCCGUCGUCGGCCCCAACGGUGCCGGAAAGUCAACACUUAUCAAGCUCUUGACAGGCGAGCUCAAGCCCAUGAGUGGACAUGUCAGCCAGAAUGGACGACUUCGCAUCGGGUACUUCGCGCAGCACCAUGUCGAUAACCUGAUCCCGCACAUGUCACCGGUACAAUUCCUCGCAUCAAAGUUCCCGGGUAGGACGGAGCAGGAAUAUCGCGGACAUCUGGGCAACUUCCAGAUCAGCGGUAUGACUGGCCUUCAAUCGAUCGGCACGUUGUCCGGAGGUCAAAAGUCGCGCGUCGCCUUCGCAGUGCUCUCUUUGCAGCGGCCCCAUGUCUUGCUGCUCGACGAGCCGACUAACCACCUCGAUAUCGAGGGUUUGGACGCGCUCAUGACGGCGUUGAGCUCAUGGAAUGGUGGUGUCAUUCUCAUUUCUCACGACGAGCGUUUUAUCACGAAGGUUGCGAACGAGCUUUGGGUAUGCUCGGACGGCACUGUGUCGAAGUUCAAGGGCGAUGUACAAGCAUACAAGAGUCUCAUCGUCAGCAACAUCAAGGCAAAGCCUUGAGUGGUGUUGCAUUGGGUGUAGAGCGCGUUGUACGCUUAUGUCUGUUGUACCUCUAUGUGAUACUCCCCCUGCGGCGAGUUGCUUGCGAC